GCGGCGAAGGUGGCUGCCGAAGUGGGCGGGGAGGUCAGGUGACCCUGCCGGCGUCCCAAGAUGGCGGCGGCUGUAGCGCCCGGGAGGCCGAGGGAGCGUCCGGGCUGUUGAGGUGCCUCCGCGGGGCAAGCGACGGGUCGGCCGGACCGAAGGGCGGCGGCGGAGGCACGGCCGCCCGGCGUGCAGAGCCGGGGCUGGGUGGUGCCACCGGCAGCGGCGCCGGGGGAUGCUGGUGUUGGGCAGGGCCUCUCCCUCAACUUAGGGCGGCGGCAGGCCCGCACCCCUGGUCCCCGGACCAUGGCGCUGAGGGAACUCAAAGUGUGCCUGCUGGGGGAUACUGGUGUGGGUAAAUCAAGCAUCGUAUGGCGAUUCGUGGAAGACAGUUUUGAUCCGAAUAUCAAUCCUACCAUAGGGGCAUCUUUUAUGACCAAGACUGUCCAGUACCAAAAUGAGCUACAUAAAUUCCUAAUCUGGGAUACAGCUGGACAAGAACGAUUUCGUGCAUUGGCACCAAUGUACUAUCGAGGGUCAGCAGCAGCCAUCAUCGUUUAUGACAUCACAAAAGAAGAGACGUUUUCAACACUCAAGAACUGGGUGAGAGAACUCCGCCAGCAUGGCCCCCCUAGCAUUGUUGUUGCCAUUGCUGGGAACAAAUGCGAUCUUACCGACGUCAGAGAAGUCAUGGAGAGAGAUGCUAAGGACUACGCUGAUUCCAUUCAUGCCAUCUUUGUAGAGACCAGCGCAAAAAAUGCAAUAAACAUAAAUGAACUCUUUAUAGAAAUUAGCCGAAGAAUUCCAUCCACAGAUGCCAACCCGCCGUCUGGCGGCAAGGGCUUCAAACUCCGAAGACAGCCAUCGGAGCCAAAGCGAAGCUGUUGCUGACGACCCGGGGCCCCACACUAAUGAAGAAGCAGGUGGUCCUGGAUGUUGCAGGAGGGCCAGUCCCUGCCAUUGGCAGCCGCCUCGUGCCCUGGAGUCUUCUUCAUGCAGAAAGGACUCAGAGGAACUGGCUGUUGGGUACUCUUGGAAGACUGCAGCAGGUGUUUCUAACUGCAGACUUGUGUCGCGGACUCUGGUGUGCAAAGGGACCACAUCCUUGGCUGCUGACUAGCUGAAAGGAACAUCUGAUGUAUGGAUGGUAGGACUGAACUGCAGGUACUUUUGUAAUCAGGAUGUCGUGUAUCAUUUGUAAAGGGAAACGAGCACUUUUGUGGAUCUUAAGGGAAAACGCUGUGGAGAUGGCCAUCUCCUUGGUCCUUGUCGCUAGUGUCAGAGUCGCAUCAUUUAAGAUGUGGAAAAUGAUCACAAGUGGAGGGACGGCUGGCCCUGGAACAGUUUCCACCAUCUCUCAAGCACUUUCAUAUACAGUAAAUUAACACCACGGCGGCGGCAGCCUGGUUCACCUCGGGUUUCCUUCUGACCCUGUAUGUGUCACCACACAUUAGUUUUAUCAUUACCUUUCUCAGUAAGCUCUCAUGGUCCAGGUGAUGGUGUAGAGAUGUUACCUGGAGUCAGUUGAGACAAGCAGUGCUUUAAAAGGAAGAGAGAAAGAACAAAGGAAAUGAUUUUUUUGGUUUUUGGUCCAGGUAUUUGGUAGAAAAAACAAAAACAAAUGUGUGCUGCCUAGCAUAUGUACAUUUGUAGUCUAUAUUUAUGAGACCAUUGCUUAAAAUUAUAAAUUAUGUAAAUACAUUAAUAACUUUUGAAUUCCACAUUUAGUACUCCAUUUAGUCGUGCACCCACUCAUUUUUCAGCCAGUCCACAGGAGAUUUUGAAGCGCAUUCACCUUGUGCAAAAGCAUGGAGCACUUAGCUCACAGCUCCUUCCUCCUCCCCUUGCCCUUCUGCAUCCCAUCUGGAAAUGGUAAUAAAGACAUAUGCCUCCUUGACAAGCCGACCAGUCCUUGCUAGCCUGGGGCAAGUGAGAGCCUAGCACCCAGCACUCACCUGGCCUUAGCAGUAGGGAGCUCAGACCAACUGUGUUGACAGUGCUUUGCAUAUAACAGCCAGUUCGCCUCACCUCCUUUAUUCUCUCUUGCCUCUGCUAGUGCUUUGUACUCUUUUCCCUCAGGAGCCUAAUGAGGUUCUUAAUAUAAUCUAAAAAUAAAGCCCCCAAGUGAAACUGCUGGAAAUUUGUUCCUGGUCUAAUUUGGCACCCUUCCAGCCCAAGUAUUGUAAGGGAAGGAAAUUUACAAGAUUAAAUAGGAAAUGAAACAGCUUGAAUUUCAAACCAAAUUGUGUUUUCAGAGCUGUCCUUAACUAAACAGUCAAAACUUUUCAAAACAACUGUUACUACUUUGCACCCUCCCUUACAUGCUUCACAUGGAGAGGUUUUAGCAAAAGGGCAGCCCAGAUGACACAGACCUGGGUGAGGCCUCGUGAGCGUCUCAGUUGUUUACUCUUACUCAAGUCAGACUGGGAGCGCCUUGUGUGGUCUCAGUGUCACCUCAUCCCUGAGCCUCCUGCGCAGCAUUAAAUUCUCACACGUGAGAAAACCCUGUGAUUUCCCAAGACUGAGCUGCUUCCACCUGCAGUGGCUUGAUACGAAUUGGCAUACACCUGCAGAAAACAGCACUGCUCAGCUCAUGUGGACGAGGCUGCCCAUGUGAGACCCUUUCUGUCUCAUUUCACCAAAAGACAGUAUAAAUUCAUGACCUGAACAGUCCAGUAAAUUCUGGAAGUCGUGGGGCAUGCAGUGACUGCUUUCCUGUGGCACAUGUGACUUCUCUAGCUGAUUCCCUCUCAUGCCACAUGGAGGGAGUGACUGGCCAUGGCUGCAUGUCUUCCCAACAGAAUGAGCAGCAUGACUCAUGAUCAUGACCCUGUGUUCAUGUCUUUCUUGCCCACUCUGUCACCAGUCUGUCCAAGAAAUGAAGGGGGCUGCCCUGCCUGUGGUGUCGUGUACUGCUUAAUGGCAGUGGAUUGCAGCUGGGCCCACACUUCAUAGUCAGUGAACACAGGGAGGUCUCCAUGUCCUUUCUUCCUAUAAAAUGUAUAUUAAAAUGUAGACAGACAUAGUGCUUUAUUCUGACCACAUUGUCUCCUGGUUGUUUCUUAAGAGAAAUAGGCAUUGAGACAUUGCUCCUCCAAAAAAAAAAAAUCUUUGGUUCCAAAUGAUGCAGGGCCAUUUUUAAAAACUUUGAAGACUGAACAGAAGGGGCAAGAUCUUUAAUUAACUGCCAGUGUGUAUUGAUUUCUUUCAGAGAAAUUGAAAUAAGCUCCUUGCAGGUGUCCAAUCCUAGGAGCCACUGGUCUCUCGAUCUCUUCUUUUACAUAAGUGUUUUUCUGAUUCUGUGAUAACUAAUUAACUAUCAUUUGGUGAUUAAAAGAACAUAAAGUGAGAGUCUGAUUAAGUGUCCUUCAGUGUGAACUCUGUGAGAAGUGAUUGGAGAGAAAUACCUACUGCAAGCUCUUCUGGUUCCCAAUGAAAUUCCAUUGCCUGCUUGUCAGCUUCAGCCAAGACAAGCACUGUACAUGGCAGUCGGGAGAUUUAUUCCUUUUAAAAUAACCUGGGUUCUUGUUCCCCAUUUAUGAUGAUAUUUGAAGUGCCCACCUCUUCUCAUUGUGCUCCUCUUCCUUGGAUGCCUACCCAGGUCAAAGGAUCAAGAUUUUCUUAUGAGAGACAUGGUUGUAUCAAGAGGCCAGUAUCAUUGUGAAGAUUAGCUGUUCUCUGGAUUGUUAAAUAUGUGAUGGGGGCUGGCAGUGACCCACAUUUAAUUUCAGAACUUAACCUAUAAGUCUUAACAUCUGUUCCUUGUCUCCAGGGGAAAGUGGGUUUGAGGACUUUUAAAGCUCUUAAGAUAUACAGCUGAGAGUGUUCUGUAGGUUGCUGUCACCCGGCACCCAGGGGGCUGCCAAACCAGAGGGUCUGCUGCUGUAUUUCAAGGUUCCCAUGUUUGAGUGGGUGGGUUCAGUUUGGGGUACACUGCGUGUCAGUACAUCGGCCUCCAUGUCCCAAAAGGCAACAGUUCGCUGCCUUCUGUCUUUUCUAUUGCAAAAGAGGCUAAUGGGGUUCCGUUCAACAUUUCUCACCCAUUCAUUCAGAGACUGUGACAUGUGGACCCUCAUACUAUGUGAUCUCUGCAUCUAGCCCUUAGCCACCCAUGUGUCUGCAAGACCCUGCAGGAGUCAGGAGAGAAUCCUCCUGGGGAAAGGUAGCUGGGAACCCUUAGCUCUUCUCUAACUGCCCAGUCGUGCUUCAGAGCAUGGCAAGCCAGACAGGUGGCUUGGAUCACAGAACUUACCAGGCUCUUCAGCCUGAUUCUGGUGAAGGCAGAGUGGUCAUGGAAUCCUUUGUAAGUUCUUACUUAAAUUUAUUUUGAAGGGACAAGCAGCACAAUUUUUGUUCAUUGUUUGAUUUUAUCAGUUUUUAAGGAAGAAAUAGGAUAUACUUUUAAGAUUCAAGCUGUUAACUAUGCCUUCAUGGGGGGGGGCGGGGCGUUGAUGAUAAAAGAUGUUGGUUUAAGACAACCCAUGAAUGAUUUUGAUUUUUUUUUUAAUGAGGUUGACGAGAUGGCUCGGCAGGUAAAGGCACUUGCUGCUAAGGCUGAUGACACAAGUCCAGUCCCUGGAGCCCACAGGGUAGAAGGAGAAUUCCACAAGUUGUCCUCUGAUCCCCACAUGUCCUCCCACCACACACACACACACACAAGUGUCAUAAUGUUUAAAAAAUGUUCUGUGCAAUACAUUUAUCUAGAAGACAAACAGAGCACUGUGCAGUUUAGGAAAAGGAGGGUCAGGUAGAAUUUAGCCUGAGACUUAAAAGAAUGACCUCGACAGAUUUCCUGUGACAGCAGAGAUCUUGUCCAGGGAUAGAAAACCAGGCAAUCUGAUUAUCUGAUUUGCAAGAAAUGUUAAUGGAAUUCCAGGGCAUUUGUCCUGUUUUAUGUGCAAAUGAAGCUCUAAAAAGUAUUAGAAGGGUAUUGCCCUUCUCAGGAGCCUUCCUUCUGCACCUCAGAAGGCACUGAUGAAGUUCAUUAGACAUGCUGAGAAGGGCAAAUGAAUAGAGCUUGGGACCACUGUAUUUCUCAGCUCGUCCUUCAGGGUGCUCCGAGCGUGCAGGAGUGAUUGACUAUCUGGAGCUAGGACUUCCACCAGCAUAGAUCAAGUUUAAUUUGAUGGUCUGUACCAUCAGAAAUAACUAAUAUCUGUGUUCUUUCCUCUCAGAGGGUAAUCAAUUAGAGAUGUGCUAGAAUAUUUUUGGCUUCAAAACAAAAGGAUUCAGAAGUUUAAUAAAAUAGAAUCUCAGACCUUCCAUCGACUCCUUUCAUUAUGUUGAACGUUUUAGAUAGCAAGAUUAGAAUAUAUAAAUAGUAGAUGGUAAGAUUGAAACCAUAAUGUCCAAAAAACUUGCAGGAAAAAAAAUGUUUUAAUUUGCUGUGAGUUCAUUUUAUAGUGCCCGGUGCCUCAUCAAAAUGCUGCAUAAUUACAACAAGCAAAAACCCGGGUAGGUCUCCACAGACACGACUUAAGUGCCAAGCUCUGUCUCCCAAUUAAUGGGGAGUCUAAGACAGUAAUGACUUUUUUAGAGCCUUCUUUAAUUGACAGUUUUCAAGCAUGGGUCUUAAUGUCCUCCUUAAUGGCACAGUAGAAAUGGCCUGCUGCUUUCCUCAUGCCACUCCUUGAUUCAGGAACUGGACAGUGUUUAGAGGCAGGUCGUGGACAGCAGUCCACUGAAGGGAUUCAUCUUUACAUAGAACUAACUGUAACACUGUCAAGGAGGCCCCCAAAGCUCUAAAACCCAGUGUGUGCUUCAUGCACUGCUCCACAAAGCAGAGCUUUAAUUACUUGCUCAGCCAGUCCGGAGUCCUCCCCACGCUCGCCAGCUCCAGAUCACUGCCAGACUCUGCCCAUUAGACUGUUUGCUUUUAGGGCUUGUCUUAACAUUGUUUGACCACCAUUAACACUUGGCAUUUACACUUUAAUUAUCCAUUUCACCCCUUGGAAAAGCUUGGAAGCAAGGAUGGAGCCCCCGCCCCCCAAAUCCCUUUUUUUUUUUUUUUUUGGUUUUUCGAGACAGGGUUUCUCUGUGGCUUUGGAGCCUGUCCUGGAACUAGCUCUGUAGAGCAGGCUGGUCUCGAACUCACACCCAAAUCCCUUUUUGUUGUUACUACAUGGUCAUGAAAUUUUCUCAACUUGGGUCAUUCCCCCAUGAUGUCAGAGAGACCAGUUAGAUUGGUGGGGGAGGAUGAGUGGCAGCCGGGUAGUCAGCAGCUGAUGCGGCUCUGUUUUAAAACCAUUGGUUGUGUUCUAUAGACAUAACUUUAUUGCCCUGGGAAGGAUCUUUUUUUUUUUUUUUUUAAUGUCCCACUCAGUCUUUCCAUCAUUUUACAUCACAAGUCACUUAUACCAUCAUCCAUCACUGCUCUGACCUUCAGAAAUUAUGGCCUGCCUUCCUUAUGAUCGACACUGAAUUCUUGCCUUACUCUCAUUUUCUGUGGGCUCUCCCUCAGGCACCCUGCCCCAGCGAUCUUGGCAUGUAUGGUAUGCCCUUCCCUGUGGGGUAAAGAGCCCCCAGGACUUCCAAAAGGGCAGUAGGCAGCAUGAGCCUGCAAGGCAAACACAACUGAAUGACGGAAUGGGAUCUGUUGUGGGUGAUAGGGUGGUGGACUGGAGAAUCAACUGCACAAAGUUUGAAGGAAAGAAAACCUAAGCCCUGUACCAGCAAUCCUUUCUGCUCCUGAGAGUGCCACCCCUUGUCAAGACCCAGUGGAAGGAGUAGCGCCCUGUGCCUUUUUUAAUAGCAUCUCUAUGAAAAUCGAAUUGUUCCUGGUUUCCCAAGCCUGGUAACACUCUAAACGCCUGAAUGAAAAGCCGUGGCUUCACAAGCCUGUAUGGAUGUUUGAUGACCAUUUUUGCAGUCUGACCUUAGGCUGGGCCUAAGUCUAUGUUUUGUUUGUAAAUGUUGAAGAAAGGAAACUCCACCUUUUCCUUCUCAUUGUAAGAUUUUUCUUUUGUGACCUGUUUGCAGAUGGUAAAUCUAGCAUCCUUUGGAACAGUGUUUCUUCAGCUUGACUUGUAUUGUAUGCUUUUAUAGAGUAUGGCAUGCUCCAUCACUUCAAGAUUUAUGUCAGGAGAGGUGUAAACAUUUCGUUAAUAAAAUGUUAUGUUUACAGAUG